AUGAAGACUAUGUCCUGGCCUUUCAACGCCUAUAUGAGUGUUCUGUCAGCGCUGUACGUUGGGGGCUUCGAACGAGUGUAUGUGCAUGGAAAUAUCCAUCCGUCUGGAGAAUGGUGGGAUCGGCUAAAGGAUGAAAAUGUGACUUUUGUUGAGAUGGAUGCAGUGGAAACUGUAUUUCAGCAGGGUGUAGCAAGCCCUGCCCACAACUCUGACAUCAUUCGGACGUUAGUUCUUUUGAAACAUGGCGGCGUUUACCAAGACUGGGACGUGAUCUGGACCAAUCCAGUUCCAAGAGCUCUUCGACGUUACCCGGCUGUGUUAUCCACUGACUGGCCUCGAUACGGUGACUUUCCCGGGGCUUUCAACCUGGGUGUGCUAAUGGCUAAACCGAAAGCUCAGUUCUUACGUCAUUUUGUGGAUUCUUUCAG